UAAUAGCCGUACCAUGAAGCGCUCUGGUAAAUCGAGUCGAGAGGUCACAGCAAAUCCCGAGAAUCAGGAGUCGACCAGCAAUGCGACCACAUCCAGACCUCGAGGUCGCCCUCGUAAAGAGGAUAAAGUUCAACGGGUGCCCAUAACCGAUUGUAGUUGCAAAUCAAAUUCGUUGGGAGAUGAAAAAGGAAUUGCCACAAUACCGUGUUAUAACCGAUUAUUCACGACGUUUUCAUGGGACUCGGAACAUUAUAUCGAGUACACUAUUCGUGAUCUACGUCUACAAAAAUACGGAUACCGUUCGCAGGCAUUGAUCAAUUGUAUGAAGUCACUUUGGGAUGACAACCAUCAGUCGCACGUGGAAAGAUGGUAAAUGGUCUUUUCGAUGCCGUAAAAUGAAAAAGGGACAAACGUGCGAUGGCUCAAUGCCGUUAGUUGGGAGAUUGGUACCGCAACAAUGGACAGUAUUUCGGACCGGCGUACCGCACAGGUGUGGCGCGUACGAAGUCAACUAUGAAAAGUUUUUUAUGGGCGAUGCAGACAAUCCUCAGCAUCCAGCUGACACCGCAAACCCACAACUGUUUGAUACCCCUUCAGAACAAAAGAUUAAUUCUGAAUCGUUGAUCAACUUAACCUGUCGGCUGUCAUCUGUUAUCGACAACGACAGCAAUAAUUAACGACAAGCUCUGACCGAUGAGGUCUUAUAUA